UCACAAACACAUCAAGUGACACCGACACCGACGGCGACACAAGAGAAUUGUAAAAUUGAUCAAUAUAUUCAGGAAAAUAAAACCAAAACAAAGAGUGGUAGUGGUUGCAAAGAAAAAAAUUUUAACACGAAGAGUUGGGAUUGUGAAGGAAGUAAAUUUACAGUUGGAGAAGGUCCAUGUAUGUCUCCUAGAAGACAAUCAUUAUGCAUAUUUUAUUUAUCAAAUGGUAGCGAAACAUCAAAAAUAAAGGAACCAAAUAAAUUAAAAGACGCAUUGUUGAAAUCUGCAGCACUAGAAACAUAUAGGUUAUGGGAACAAUAUAAAACGAAGAACAAAAGUGGUGAUGCAGAGAAAAAAUUAAAAGAAGGAAUCAUUCCUGAAGAUUUUAAAAGACAAAUGUUCUAUACUUUUGGAGAUUUUAGAGAUUUAAUAGUAGGAACAGAUAUAUCAAAAAAAGAUAGUAAUAAUAAGAACGUGAAAGCUGCAACAGAUAAAAUAAAUGAAGUUUUCCAAAAUAUGAGUGAUCAUAUAAAUAUGUUGGAAGAAACCUGUGAUACGAAAAUUAUAGGAAAAACAAAAAAAUCUAAUCCUAAUAUAUGUAAUGAAUGCAAAACUAAUUGUGGAUGUUAUAAAACAUGGAAAGAUAAAAUUGAUGAACAAUGGGAAAAACAAAAAGAUAACUACGAAAAAUAUAAAGAAAAAAAAGGUGAUGAAAUGAAAAAUAUCGAUCUUAAUACCUAUUUGGAAGCAUUAUGUGAAACCAUGACGGACAACAAUGGAAAUGAAUGCAAACAACAAAACAGAAGUGAUAUAUUUACGGAAAAUUUGAAAUCACUAGAUAACAACAAACAAACCAUUUGUGAUAUAUGUGACAAUGAUGUUGAAAAACAAAAAAAGGAACAAAAAAAAAUUUGCGAUAAUAUUAAAACAAAUGGUAUCACUGGGCAAUGUAGUCCGAAAGAAUAUGAUGAUGUAUCUAAUGUAAAUAAUAAAAAAAACUGGAAUUGUAAUAGCUUUAAUGGUGGAAUUAAUAUAAAAAAUGGUUACUGUUUACCUCCUAGGAGACAACAGUUAUGUAUCUCAUAUCUUAAGGAUAACUAUAAAGAUAUUAAUGAUGAAUCUGAUUUGAAAAAUAAAUUAAAAGCCUCUAUUAUGGGUGAAGCAAGAGAAUUACUAGAAUAUUACAAAACUACCAAUCCUGUGACAGGAAAUAGUGACAAAAAGAAACUAGACGAUAAUGAUUUACCUACAGGAUUUUGUAAAUCUGUGGAACGAAGUUUUGCAGAUAUUGGAAAUAUAGUUAAAGGAAACAAUUUGGAUAAUU